GUAUGAUUUAGUUUGGAAUGGUGAAUAGGGGUUUCCACCACCACCACCACCGCAGCCCGUUUCCAUGUCCAGGUGUAAGACUUUUACCUUUAAAGGUAGACCACAGUGUGGUUCCUAUUCACUUGAGACCUUGGAAUUGAGCCUUUCCUCUUCUCUAGGGGAGAGGAGAUCAGUGGGAUAAAGCCAGGCCUUCUUCCUCUAAUACACUUACUCUCUCACUCUUGGGAAUUGACUCUCUCUCUCUCUCUCUCUCUCUCUCUCUCUCUCUCUAAGAUGAAGCAAGAGGUGGUUCUCUACCCUUCUCCAGGCAUGGGCCACCUGGUUUCCCUGGUAGAGCUGGGAAAGCUCAUCCUCCGCCACCACCCCACCUUCUCUAUCACUGUCCUGAUCACCAAGCCCCCAUUCGACACAGGCGCCACGGCUGAAUACGUUGCUCGUGUCGCAUCCCAAGUCUCGGCCAUCACCUUCCACGAGCUUCCCCCUGCCGACCUCAACGUCCUCAACCCAAACCUUGAACUCCUAAUUUUCGAGUGGCUCUCCCUCUGCAAGCCCCAUGUCUCCGAAGCACUCCUAUCCAUUUCCGAAAAGGCUCGAAUCAAGGCCUUCAUCAUGGACUUCUUUUGUUGCACUGCACUGGAAGUGGCGCGGGGAAUGGGCAUCGCCUCCUACAUCUUCUUCACCUCCGGUGCCGGCUUCCUAGAUAUUUUCUUCUAUUUCCCUGAGCUUCACAAAGAAAAUCCUGGGAGUUUCACAGACCUCGACCGUGAUCUCGUAGUCCCAGGGAUCCCACCCUUUCCCCCAAGAAUCAUGCCAACUGUAAUGCAGGACAAGAGCCAGGACGUCUACGACUGGUGCAUGUACUAUGCCAGCACCAUGCCGAAAGCUGAUGGCAUCCUAGUCAACACGUUCGAGCAGCUCGAGCCCUUGGCGCUCAAGGCCCUGGCAGCCAACGAGUUCCGCCCCGGUGUCCCCAUGCCAAAGAUUUAUUGUGUCGGGCCUCUCAUCACUGUUGGUGAUGCAGACAGGAGCUCCGAGGUGCUUGCAUGGCUGGAUACACAACCGGAGGGCAGCGUCGUGUUCCUGUGCUUUGGCAGCGUGGGCAGGCUCUCAGCGACCCAGAUAAGAGAGAUUGCGAUAGGGCUCGAGAGCCAGCGGCAGCGGUUUUUAUGGGUGGUACGCAGCCCUCCAACCGAGGACCCGUCCAGGAAGUUCCUGCCACCGGCAGACCCCGACCUCGACGCGCUACUCCCAGAGGGAUUCUUGGAGCGUACAUCAGGGAGAGGGAUGGUGGUGAAGAAUUGGGCACCACAGGUGGCCGUGUUGCGCCACUCGGCUGUCGGGGGCUUUGUGACGCACUGCGGGUGGAACUCAAUUCUGGAGAGCAUCUGUGCGGGAGUGCCCAUGGCCGCAUGGCCCCUGUAUGCAGAGCAGGAAUCGAAUGCCUUCAUGAUGGUGGGAGCAUUGCAGUUAUCAGUGAGACUAGAAAGGGAUGACAACGGCUUCGUAAAGGCGGAGGCACUGGCUCGCUGUUUGCGCGAGUUGAUGGAGACUGAGUCCGGGAAGAGGCUCAGGGAGAGGACCACGGUGCUCAAGGAUGGCGCGGCCAAGGCGCUGAGUGAGGGUGGGACCUCGCUCAAGAGCUUGGAAUUACUCGUGAAAGCGUGGGACCAAGCGCCUAACUGACCCUACGGGUUCAGGAUUCGAGCUUGGGCUUGACCGGUCACCGCUAAAUUUCUGAGCUCGCAUAAAAACCCGAAGUAGGGAGUCCCGGCGUCUAAAAUUAAGUAUAUGGCUUUGUGGGCUUUGAGAUAUCGUUGUACCUUUGUGCUAAGAUGAUUUCGUUUGUGUAGGAAUAAGCUCGGCUUUGAGUGGUUAGCAACUUUUGUUAAGCAAUGCUAUAUCUCGAGUGAGAAUGACCAGGUGUCCAGCAUGAGACUUUCUUACCGAAAGGCUGGGCUCAAAUCUUUGAUUUUCUUACCAAAAGGUAGGGCUCAAAUCUUUAUUGGCGUACCAUUUUUA